CUUUGGCGCUUGCUCCUGCUCCGCCCCUCUCUUUGCAGCCGCUGGGACAUCUGCCCCGCGCUUGUGGCCUCCAGAAUAAUGUGGAUGACACCUAAGAGAAGCAAGAUGGAAGUGGAGGAGUCUCGGGGCUUCCGGCCCGAGUGGACCCAGCGUUAUUUGGUGGUGGAGCCUCCGGAGGGCGAAGGGGCCCUGUGCCUGGUGUGUUCCCACCUCGUCGUACCCACCUGCGAACGCGACGUCAGGCGCCACUACGAGGCCGAGCACCGGUACUACCAGAGGUAUGUGGAGGAGGGCGAGCGCGCGGCCCUGGUGGAGCGCCUGCGGCAGGGCGACCUGCCCGAGGUGGUCCCCCCCACGCCCGAGGAGAGGGCUGCCCGCGCCGGCCUCGGCAUCGCCCGCCUCCUGGCGCUGAAGGGCCGCGGCUGGGGCGAGGGCGACUUUGUACACCAGUGCCUGGAGGUGAUGCUGAGUGAUGUGCUGCCGGAGCAGGUAGGCGUUUUGGGUGGCAUCGAUUUGUCGCCAGAGGUCACCCGGCAGAGGGUCUUGAACAUGAACGAGAAUCUUCGCAGUCAGCUUUUUAACCGAGUCAAGGACUUCAAAGCCUAUUCCCUCGCCUUGGACGACCAGGCGUUUGUGGCCUAUGAGAACUACCUCCUGGUCUUUGUCCGCGGCGUGGACCUGGACUUGGAGGUGCAAGAAGAGCUUCUGACCAUCGUCAACCUGACCAAUCACUUCAGUAUUGGCGCCCUCAUGGCGGCCAUCCUCGAGGCCCUGCAGACGGCCGGGCUGAGCUUGCAGCGAAUGGUGGGACUGACCACGACCCACACCCUGAGGAUGAUCGGCGAGAACUCGGGACUGGUGUCCUACAUGAGAGAAAAGGCUGUGAGCCCCAACUGUUGGAACGUCAUCCAUUAUUCGGGAUUCCUUCACUUGGAACUGUUGAGCUCCUACGAGGUAGAUGUUAAUCAGGUCAUAAGCACCGUAUCUGAUUGGAUACUUCUGAUUAAGACAAGAGGCAUCCGGCGACCCGAAUUUCAGGCUCUGCUAACUUCAUCGGAAUCAGAGCAUGGCGAGAGGGUUAAUGGACGAUGUCUGAACAACUGGCUUAGAAGAGGGAAAACUUUAAAACUGAUAUUUUCCUUAAGGAGAGAGAUAGAAGCAUUCCUGGCUUCCGUAGGGGCAUCAACCAUCCAUUUCUCAGACCAGCAGUGGCUUUGUGACUUCGGCUUCUUAGUGGAUAUCAUGAACCACCUUCGAGAACUCAGUGAACUGUUGCGGUUCAAUAGAGUCUUUGCUGCUACUGCCUUUGACCAUAUUUGCUCCUUUGAAGCUAAGCUGAAUUUGCUGCAGAGACACAUUGAGGAAAAAAAUCUAACACACUUUGCUGCCUUGCGAGAAGUCGUCGAUGAACUUAAACAGCAUAUUAAAGAAGAAGAAAAAAUACUUGAUCCUGGUCGGUAUAAAGUGGUGAUCUGUCGCCUGCAAAAGGAAUUUGAGAGACAUUUCAAGGACCUCAAGUUCAUUAAGAAGGACUUAGAACUGUUUGCAAAUCCUUUUAACUUUAAAGCCGAACAUGCACCUAUUUCAGUAAGGGUGGAGCUAACAAAACUUCAGGCAAAUUCUGACCUUUGGGAGGAGUACAGAAACAAAGACCUGGGGCAGUUCUAUGCUGGCUUGUCUGCUGAAUCCUACCCAAUUAUCAAAGGGGUUGCCUAUAAGGUGGCAUCCUUGUUUGAUAGUAGUGAAAUCUGUGAUAAGGCUUUUUCAUAUUUGGUUAGAAACCAACACACUUUGAGCCAGCCGCUGACAGAUGAGCAUCUCCACGCCCUGUUUAGGAUUGCCACAACUGAAAUGGAGCCACAUUGGGAUGCUCUUGUGAGAGCAAGAAAUGCGCCUGAUCCAUAAGCUUUUGUAGUACAUCAUUGAAACACUCCACGAGAAUCCAGUUCUAAAAGCAAAAAUUUGACCUUCAAGUUGACUAAUCUGGAUCGUGAGGAAGCACCAUUUAGUUACUCAAAUUGAUCACAAUUCAGAUUCUUCUGACUUUUUUUUUUCUCCCUCGUCUCAAGAGGCAGCAUGGGACUGGAACAUGGGAACACCUCUUUUCAAACUUAAUGACAAGGUCUUCUUUUGCUUUUAUGAUAUAAUUGUUUUUAAAGAAGUUUAGUACUGAUGAUGUGAGUUGAAUUAGAAGUCUGUUUUUAAGGUGUUUCAAAGAAAUUUUAAGUCUUUAAUGAAAUGUUAAAAUUCUGAUGCAUGUAGUCUGAAAUUGUCAACUCUUUAAAUGUAUGUUUGAUCCAAUUUGCAGAAACUCCCAUAGCAAGUUCAGAAGUUUCUGAAAAGGAAGAACAUACAUUCAGUAGAGGUACUGUCAAAAUAUUUGAAACUUUUAAAAAACAUAUUUGUGAGCCUGAGGUAAUAUUGACAGAUUACCUCCCUCUCACCUCCUCCCUAUCCACCCCAGUGAUGGUGAUAUUACUAAUAGGAGAAAUAAUCAAAUACAAUUUUAGGAACAAGAGUUAUUUUUAAAUUGCUGGUUAGAAGGCUUCCUGCAGUUUGGAGAUCAGGCUAACCAGCGUUUGGAGGUUCCCCUGAAUUUUUCACAUUUGGGUACUGUUUUACCAGCUCACCUAUUAAAGGACUAUGGUAAGUAUAGAACCUUAAUGAUUGCCCAUUAGUAAUUUUUUCUGUUGUAGACACAUGUUUGGCCCUGUCAGGAAGGAUAAAGCAGAAAGAUUUUUGCACUCCAGGAUGAGGAGGUGUGAGAGACUUCAGCUUCUUUGUCCUGUCUGCAUGGGUGUUACUGCUUUAUAAAGAGAUCCUGCUUAAAGGAAACUAUUUUAUAGUGAUAUAAUAGCAGAUUUUGUUAGCUGCUGGAAGUGGAUUUAUUAGAGAAUUUGAAACUGCCCCCCACAUUCUAUGUUUAAGAUAGUGCACAAGUAGAAGUAUUUAGCUCACCAGGUAGCUUUAUUCAGAUUGUAGCAAUUUCAUAUUUCUAGUGAGCCAUCUGCUUUGUGCUAAAACAGUAAUUUUCAAGCUUACGUUAACCAUGAAAAGGAAAUUGUACAGCAAAGUCAAGUACGUAAAAUGACUUAAAAACAGGACCCAGUUUAUAGGUCCUCUCAAGUACAAUUUGAAAACGUGUGCUAAAGUCCUGUCUUAACUAUUGUUACACGUUAUUUUAUGGUCAUUGGUCCAGCAAAUUCAAGGAACCAGGAUACAACCAGGAAUUGAGAAGGAACUGAUGCCUCAGCAAUCAAAAUAGUGCCAUAAGAACCAAUGCAUGUCAGUGGUUCUCAACCAGAGGCAGUAAGCCCUCUUUCCAGAGGAUGUUGGGACAUACAGGGGACUUUUUUGGUGGUUGCAUUUAGUGGAGGGGUUCUGCUGGCAUUUAAGUGCAUAGGACAACCUGGCACACUGAAGAAGCAUCCGUCUCUGAAGUACCAGUGGACCCCCUCCAGUGUAGAUUAUUUUAUUUUGAGGGACAGGGAAAAUUACCGGUAGAAACAAAAUUAGAAGGACAAGUUGGGCAAACUUGAUACGGGAGAUUAAUUCCAACGUUCUGAGUUUGGCUGGUAAGGUAAAAGCUUUGACAUGUUUUGGUAGCUCACAGUGGCAUUUAUAAAUCAGUAAUUGAUAUUGAACCAAAUUAAAGGACUCCAUUGUGUUAUAUAUAAUUCAUUGAGGGCAGAAAAGCAAGUGUUAUAACACGAUACUUACCAAGAAUGGUCAAGCUGAGAUUUUGGUAAACGGGGACUAGGCUUAAAUUUUUGUAAAAACACAGUGAAAAUCCAACCAAACAAAAAUCUGCCGGUAAUUUCCCAGUAGUUUGGAGCAUUCUCUUACGGCAAGUGCUUUAUUGAAAGAAUGAUUGGAAGACCUAAAGCUGCUUCUGUUUUCUAACCCUGGUUCCUCAAAUAUUGAAGUCUUGUACAUUUUGUGAAGUUCUAGUAUAUAUUUUGCUUACGGUAAUAAAAUUAGUUGGCAUCAUAUAGUCAUUGAGUGGGUGGGAGGGGAGAUAUAAGCCGAGGAUUUUAAAUUGACCCUGAGUAAUAGGAGAAUUUGCUAUAAACUAGUCUUGUUUGUAAAAGAAAAAUGUGUAUUUUACUGUUUUCUGUAUUGAGCAAUUCUGUAACUGCAUGGCAGUCUUGUUUUUUUUAAAUAUUUUUUAUAAAGUAGUUGUUACUGUUCCUGUUGUAUCAGUGAAUAUAGUUUAAAUAAGUACUAUUUUUAAAAAAAACCUCAUAUGUCUUUAUACUUCCCAUUCCUACUAGUUUUCUUAAAAGAUUUGUCUGCAUUUCCCUUCUCCCAUACUGCCACUCAAACUGCUCUACCAAGCUCACAAAGUCUUUGUGAAUAUUCUCACCCUCUGACACCACGACCACUCUCCUGAAAGAUGUUUGCUUUGGCUUCGGGGAGAUACCACCUCCAGCCAGAGUGUUUCAAAAGACUGGUCUGGUCGUACCACUCCCCUGCUCUCACCAUUGCUCUCAGGAUAAGGUACAAUUUCUGUUCAUCUUUCAAGUCUCACUUUAUAUACCACUUCCUCUUGGAAGCCUUCAUUGAUGCCCACUAGACUAGGUGCCCCUACUACGCACUCCCUAAAUACCUUAUUUUUUCCUAACCAUAUACUUAAUUAACCCACUUUAUUGUUACUUGUUAUUAAUCACUGCUAGACUGUAGGCUUUAUAAGGGCAGGGCGCUUAUGCCUUGCCCAUUGUUAUAUCUGUAGUGUUUAGCACAAUGCCUGACAUUUCAAUAAAUGUUUGAAUGAAUAAA